CUGAGCAGUUUGACAGCACACCAGAGGCUCUUAAGAGAAUCUGUACCACUCCACACGAAGACACGGAGGACUACAGGUGCUUGCAACCCACACUGUUUCUGCUGGUACCUGCUUCAACCUCUGCCUCCCAAGCUAUGUUGAUCCUAUCCUGUCCUUCCAAGUUGCAGUUCCUGGAAGGGCUGCUGAAGAAAAGCCUUCCUCAGACACUUCAGGUCUAUGGUGCAGUCAUGAACAUAAACCGUGGGAACCCAGUGGGCCAUGAGGUGAUUGUGGAUUCUUGGCCAGAUUUCAAGGCGGUCCUGACUCGUCCACAGAGAGAGGCUGUUUCUAACAGUGCAGAUUCCUUUAACAAUAUAUAUGCAGCAUUUUAUCGGGAUCUUGAUGCGUACCGGAGACUGUUGCUGGACACAGAUGCCAUCAACUGGGACCAAGCCUUUUCUCUCUGUGGGAACCAUGAUGGGAUAUACGAAGUCUCUAAAGAUGCUGUUGCUGUCAAGAAAGUCCAGUUGACUGCAACCCCCUACUUCAUCUACCUGAACCCCAAGCCAAAUAAACAGCCUCAGCCCCGGUUAAAUCCAGGCUUCACCCUUUCCUCCUUGAAUAGCUCCCACAUUGACCUGCUAAAUGAAACGUGGCACUAUGGGGGCAGUGAACACAGCCGGAGAUACCUGGCCAACAUGGUGCGGUGCUUCCCCAGUACCUGCAUACUGGACUCCAAUGGUCAUCCUAUCAGCUGGAUCAUCAUGGAAUCUUGGGGCUCAAGUGGACACAGCUAUACCCUUCCAUCUCACCGCCGAAGGGGCUAUUCAGCUAUAGUGCAGAAGGCACAUAGCAUGCGUGUCCAUGCUGCUGGCUUCCCUGUAUAUGGCCUUAUUGCACUAGAUAAUACCCCCCAGCAGAAACUGCUGGUCUCCCUUGGCUUCCAAAGAUUAUCUGAACCAUGUCAUUACUGCAUCCAUUCUCCAGCUUCUCAGUGAGAGGAGGAGAGAGCAACAGUGGUUUUCUAGGAUCCUGCCCAGUCCUUCCACUCACCAGUCCUCUGAAUGAGAGAGGCCUAUCCACUAUUCAGUUUUGACUGCUCUUCAUCUUUGCAUUCCACGGUGUGUUUCUCUCUUCCUUUUGCGUUAUUGUAUUUUCCUCCUUUAAUCCUGAAUUUUUGCGGCCUCCCUUAUACAUUUGACUUUUGAUGUUUCAGUUCUCGUACAUUACACAGGAAGAUUACUCCUUAUGCUCAUUUAACUUG